AUGGUUGCCAUUGGGCUCGUCUUGGUUGACAGUACUGUGUCUCUGAAGCUUUCGCGAGCUCUGUAUGGAACGAGUGCUCCCAAGACCAGACGGCUUUGCCUCAGUGUCUUCGUGGCGCACGUCGCCUAUCGCAGCUGUGAGGUUGUAGCAAAGUGCGCGAUGGUGAUGGCAAUGUCUUUCACACUUCCUUCGGUGUGCUUUGCCGCGUAUCUGGCGGUGGUUUACGCGCUGAACACUGUCGUCCUGAUCGGCAGCUCCUGGCCGUCUGGCUCUUGUCCUCAGGUGCACAUUGUCUUCGCAGCGUUGGUGGUGGCAUGGCCGGUUCUCUUCUCCAACCUGCCUCAGUUUGUGGACUCGCCCAAGCAUUUCACGGCGGCGCAGAACGCCUCGAGCCUGCUCUGCGGCCUUCGUGCGUUGGAGUUGUCCGCCGCUGUGGGGUUGGCCACCGCAGCCUAUCUCAUACAAGCAGAAGCCUUGGACACCCGGCAUCACAAGCAUCGCCACGAUGAGGACAGCUGGAUAGUGGAUCCUCGGACAGUGCACUUUGUCACCACGCUACAAGCACUACACCAGAGGACUUGGUCUGCGCCAUGGGCUACGUGCAUACUUGUGCACUACCUUUGCAUGGUCAUUAGGUGGUGCAGCUGCUGGCUUCCGUCCGAUCCCCAACUUGUGGUCCCAUUGCUUCAGCAACGUCCAGUCGAAUUGCCUUCCUCGGGUGUGUCGAUUCGGCGUGGUGCUGCGAUACCCGACGUGGAGGUCAUGAGCGAGAAGGACUUCUGGCCACCAGCAGUGGGCUUGUCACAGCUCCUCCUUGGCGCAGCGGUGGAGCGUGCGCCCUUUGCUUUGCCUUUCUGCAGCUCAGUGCCGACGCCGGCCACUGCCUCGAUUUCAGGCCCAUCGACGCGGCCACCUCGGUUGGAGGACUUCGACACCAUUGCUCUCAUUGGAUAUGGUGAGUUCGGCAAGGUGUUCCAGGUCAGGGACCGGGCCACACAGCAGACUUUUGCCGUGAAGCGUCUGUCCAAAGAGUUCUAUGCCCGCAAGCAGAUGACAGACAAGGCCUUGAGGGAAAUUGCCACCCUGAAUCUGGCCCAGGAGCACCCCUUCGUGGUUCGCCUGAUCCAUGCCCUGGAGAACACCACAGAGUGGGCCAUGAUCAUGGAGUACUGCUCGGGUGGUGAUCUGCAGCAAGCGCUGCUGACGGAGGGCUGUCCUGGUUUACCAUUGCAGCGUAUCUUGAAGAUAGCUGCCGAGGUGACUCUGGCGCUGGAGCAUCUCCACACUCGCGGCAUUGUUUUCCGGGAUCUGAAGCUGGAGAACGUCGUUUUGGACAAAGAUGGCACUGCCAAGCUGACGGACUUCGGCUUGGCCAAGCAGUAUCGUGGAGGUCGAGAUGCAAUUGCGGAGGCGCAGUCCUAUGGUGGGGCUUAUGCGAACUUCACAAAGACCUUCUGCGGCUCCUACGGCUAUGCCGCGCCAGAAGUGAAUCCAAAGAGACAGAUGCAUGGCUUUGCAGCCGAUCUUUACGCCUUUGGUGUCCUCCUGGUUAUGAUGCUAACUGGCGGAGAGGUCUACCACGAUGUCAGGGAAGCACCUUUUGAAAAGAGGCUUCCACCUGAGUCGCUGAAAGACCUCCGCGAUAUUCUGGGACGUUUGAACUUCGAUUUCUACUGGGCCUCGCACCACUUCUUGCAGCCGGCCAGGGCCGCUCACCGUGUCGAGAUCGACCUCCACGGUGAUGUGGUGAUUACUUCGAGAGGACCCCGCGCCGGGCGCCGUGGGCCGCGUCCUGCGCGUCCACCCAACUCGAUGGACUGGCGCCGAGGAGGCGAGGGAUCGCAGCCCAGUCCGGCGUAUCCUGCAAAGUUUCCAGAGACUGCGUGUCAAGGAAGCGAGGAAGAGCGGCGCCGCUGGGACCUUGCUCUCGAUCUGGUGCGUGCUUUGACGGAGGAGGUGCCUGAACGACGCGGGACCGUGGCCACGCUUAAGGAGCACCCCUUCUUCGAGGAGAUAGAAGAUUGGCGCUUUGUAUACCCACAAAGCUGGUUGGUACAACUUGCCAAGGCCAGCUUGGCACCUUUGUCACAAGGUGCCGAGGUGUCACAAGGGCUUCAAAACGACCUCGAGCAGCUGCCCAUACAGGUGCUUGUGUCUCUGCUGGAUCAUCCGGACGAUGCGGCUCGUCUCCUAGAGCAAAGCUCGGAGUUUCUUGCCUCCAGCAGCCCUGCCUUAUCCACCUCGCCCGUGCUGAGAGCAGCCUCUGACCCGCUGUCGUUUGGAGCACGGCCCGUUCCCACAGCGGGAGGCGGAUCUUCGGCCAGUUCUGUCCACGAGUUCCAGCUCCAGGGGUUGGGGUCUGACAUACCUUGA